AUGGCUCCGUCCAAGAAGGCGGGAAAGAAGGGGGCCGCCGCUCCUAAGAAAGGUGCGGCCGGCAAGGUAGCCAAGGCCGACUGGAAGGAAGGCUUCAAGAAGAAGCAGGUCGGAGUGUCCGACAUGACGCUUCUUACCACGAUCACGAACGAGAGCAUCAACGAGAAUCUCGAGAAACGGUGGAAGAACAACGAGAUUUACACGUACAUUGGCGCGGUGCUCAUCUCCGUCAACCCCUUCCGCGAUCUCGGCAUCUACACUGAUGAGGUCCUCCAACGGUACAAGGGCAAGAAUCGGCUCGAGGUCCCGCCGCACGUCUUCUCGAUCGCCGAGUCCGCCUACUACAACAUGAACGCGUACCACGAGAACCAGUGCGUCAUCAUCUCGGGAGAGUCAGGUGCGGGUAAGACCGAGGCGGCGAAGCGCAUUAUGCAGUACAUCGCCGCUGUCUCCGGUGGGGAGGAUAGUAGCAUCCAGGAGAUCAAGGACAUGGUGCUCGCAACGAAUCCGCUGCUGGAAAGCUUCGGGUGCGCGAAGACGCUGCGGAACAACAACUCGAGUCGACACGGCAAAUACCUGGAGAUCAUGUUCAACGACCGUGGAGAACCUAUUGGCGCACAGAUCACCAACUACCUGCUGGAAAAGGGUCGCGUGGUCGGACAGGUGGAUAACGAGCGUAACUUCCAUAUAUUCUACCAGUUUACGAAGGCGGCAUCGGACGCACAACGAGAGGCGUUGGGUCUGCAAACCCCGGACGCAUACGCAUAUACCAGCCUCAGCAAUUGCUUGGAUGUGCAGGGCAUAGACGAUGUGCAAGACUUCAACGAUACCAUUAAAGCGAUGCAAGUCAUCGGUUUGAGUGACUACGAGCAAACCGAGAUCUUCCGCAUGCUCGCUGUCAUCCUCUGGCUUGGCAAUGUGCAAUACAGCGAGAAGGACGACGGUAACGCGGGAAUUUCGGAUACGAGCGUAUCAGAGUUCGUUGCCUACUUAUUGGAGGUGGACUCCGCGUCCGUCGAGAAGGCGCUCACAAACAGGACUAUGGAGACACAACGCGGUGGAAGGCGAGGGUCUGUGUAUGAGGUGCCUCUAAAUCCUGCCCAGGCUAGCUCCGGUCGCGAUGCAUUAGCGAAAGCUAUCUACAACAACCUGUUCGAAUGGAUCGUCGCCAAGAUCAACGUCUCGAUGAAAUCGCGUCAAGCCACCGCACAGCUCAUCGGUAUCCUGGAUAUCUUCGGUUUCGAGAUCUUCGAGGACAAUUCGUUCGAGCAGCUUUGCAUCAAUUACGUCAACGAGAAGCUGCAGCAGAUCUUCAUCGAACUGACUCUCAAGACCGAACAAGAAGAGUACGUACGGGAGCAGAUUAAAUGGACACCGAUCAAGUACUUCAACAACAAGGUCGUGUGCGACCUCAUCGAGGAGCGCCGUCCUCCCGGUAUCUUCGCCGCCCUGAACGACGCCUGCGCGACCGCUCAUGCGGACCCGACCGCCGCGGACAGCAGCUUCAUUCAACGUACGGCCGCGCUCUCAAGCAACGCGCACUUUGAGGCACGUGGCGCACAGUUUCUCGUGAAGCACUACGCCGGAGACGUCAUGUACAACGUCGCCGGUAUGACGGACAAGAACAAGGACGUACUCAUCAAGGACUUGCUCGACCUUAUCGGCGCAAGUGGGAACCAGUUCCUUCAGGGCCUGUUCCCCGACCGCCCUGACCCGAACAGCAAGAAGCGACCGCCAACUGCAGGGGAUAGGAUCAAGUCUUCUGCUGGUGCUCUCGUGGAGAACCUCAUGCGCGCGCAGCCCUCCUACAUUCGUACCAUCAAGCCGAACCAGAACCGUAGCGCGACGGAGUACGACACGAAGGCUGUAUUGCAUCAAGUCAAGUACCUCGGUCUUCAGGAGAACAUUCGUGUUCGUCGCGCGGGCUUCGCGUACCGUAACACGUUCGAGAAGAUGGUAGAGCGCUUUUACCUGCUUUCUCCCUCAACGUCGUACGCUGGCGAGUACACUUGGUCAGGUGAUGCGAAGUCGGGCUGCGAACGGAUUCUGACCGAUACGGGUAUUGCGCGUGAGGAGUGGCAAAUGGGUGUCACGAAAGCCUUUAUCAAGAACCCAGAAACGCUCUUCGCUCUUGAGACGAUGCGCGACCGCUACUGGCACAACAUGGCGGGCCGUAUCCAGCGCGCAUUCCGCAACUAUAUGCGGUACAAACACGAGUGCGCCAAGCGCAUCCAACGCUUCUGGAAGAACAACAAGGAGGGGAUUGAGUACGCCAAGAUCCGCGAUUAUGGCCACCAGAUUCUCGCCAGCAGGAAGGAGCGCAGGAGGUUCAGUUUGCUGGGAUACCGCCGUUUCCUGGGCGACUACCUGGAUCUCAACGGCAAAAGCGCACUCGGCGAGGAGCUCAUCGCGGCUUGCGGGAUCGGGCGGGACCACGUCACGUUCAGCUCAAGAGCACAGCUCUUGGUGUCCAAGCUUGGUCGCUCCAGCAAGCCGAGCCCGCGCUUCCUCGUCCUGACUGAGAAGGCUUUGCAUAUAUGUGUGACCAAUGCUCAGGGUGGACAAGUUAUGACAACAUUGGAGCGCAGGAUUAACCUCGUCACUAUCAAGAGCAUAUCCAUGACCACCCUAAGGGACGACUGGCUGAUUCUGAACCUCGGGCCAACGGAGGAGGGCGACCCGAUUCUCAGUUGUGUCUUCAAGACGGAAUUGACUACCCACAUGCUCCGGUUGACUCAAGGCAGCAUCAACGUCCUCAUUAGCCCUACUCUCGACUACACCAAGAAAAAGGAGAAGAAAGCGCAGAUCAAGUCGUUGAAAGAUGAGACGGUUCCUCGGAACGACAUGUAUAAGAGUCAUACCAUCCACGUCCCCUCCGGAGAAUCAGCGUCAAGCCAGUCGCGUCCUGUGCCCAAGCCCAAGGCUGGUGUUGUCCGACCCAUCACAUCAGGGAAAUUGCUGCGCAAGGGUGGUCCUUCAGACAAACCCGUCGCCUCCCGGCCAAAGCCUGCCGCGCAGCCUCUCCCCGGCAAGACGACGGUUGCUGCCGCAGUCAAGGCUCCUGCCGCGACGACACCGGCGGCAGCGAAGCCGAACUCCGCAGUGCGCGCCCCACCUCCGCCGCCAUCAAGAGCAGCUGCGCCUCCCCCACCCCCUCCCGAACCGGACGUCGAGAUGUACAAAGCCAAAUACGCUUUCGAGGGCCAGGAGGGCGAGAUGUCGCUGAAGAAGGACGAGCUCGUCGAGCUCGUCGAGAAGGAUGACAACGGCUGGUGGCUCGUAAAGAAGGACGGCGUCGAAGGCUGGGCCCCAAACAACUACCUCGAGCUCGUCCCUCCCAGGCCCAAAGCCGCCGCCCCGCCGCCUCCGCCUCCGCCCCCUCCCGCCGGCAAGCGGCCAAUACCGACCGCGCCAGCUGCCCCCGCGGCGCCCAAGGUUGGCGGCGGCGGCCUCAAGUCCGUGGCUGCCGACGCCUCCGCGAAGCCCGUCGCAGUCUUCCCCGGGAUGGCCGCCGCGAAUGGCUCCGCGACCCCGUGGAAGAAGACGGCGUCGACCGGCGCGGACUCAUCGAACGGAAGCACGCCCGCGUCCUCGCGUCCAGGCAGCGCCUUCAAGUCCGGUCCGCCCCCCGUCGCAGCGAAGCCGAAACCCGGCCCGCCCCCACCCGUCGCGAGCAAGCCGGCUGUCGCACCUAAGGUCGGCGCGAAGCCUCCUGCGCCCACCGCUCCCCGUCCUGGCGGUGCUGCUCCCCCGAAGCCGGCGGGCGGCGCUGCGAGGCCAGCGGCUUCUCCAGGCGGGCAGCUGGACCUCGCUGCCGUCGUAAGUGUUGCGCUCGUCUAG